AUGGCUGCGCUCUCUGACGCGCAACGGGACUAUUUUGGUGUUUUUGCAUUGAAUGGCAAACUUCUAAAUGCGAUGAAGACAAACCCUAAGGAGUUUAUAAAAAAGGCUAAAACUCGAGGUGCACAAUUCAUUUACACUAUUGAAUCACAACAUGUUAUAAUCUGUAUCUAUGUUUAUAUGAUCUAUUUGGGGUCAAUUAAAUUUCAGCAUUUUAGAUAUGGCCGGGUGAUGUUUAUGGCUGAUCAGGACUAUGAUGGAUCUCACAUCAAGGGGUUAUUGAUAAACUUCUUUUAUAUGCUCAGCCCAUCACUGCUUAGAAUUCCAUAUUUUUUGUCUGAAUUGAUCACUCCCAUAAUAAGGGCUUUUCAUUGCAAUGGGAUUCAAAAAUUAUCAUUUUAUUCAUAUCCCGAAUAUGAAAAAUGGUGGAAGAACUGGGGGAAUUCUGAUUGGAGAAUCAAGUACUAUAAGGGGCUGGGUAGCUUUACUCAUGAGGAAGGGAAAGAAUUCUUUCAAAAUGUUGAAAUUCAGAGAAAAUACUUUGUUUGGCGCAACGAUGAGGAUCUAGAUGCCAUUAAUAUUGCAUUCUCGAAGUCAAAGACUAGAGAAAGGAGGGGAUUGAUGCUUAAAUUUAAGUCUAGCGAUUAUCGCGAUUAUACAGAUCUUAGUAUCUGCUACAAGGAUUUUCUACAGAAAGAAUUUAUAUUGUACUCGAUGGCGAGUGUACGGAGGUGCAUUCCUUCGUUGAUAGAUGGUCAGAAGCCCUCCCAAAGGAAGAUCCUUUACGGUGCAUUCAAGAGAGAGUUGUUCACUGAAAUAAGAGUGGACAAACUUAUUGGUUAUGUAGCUGAGCAUUCUGCUUACCACCAUGAUGAAUCCAGUUUGGCUACCACCCUUAUGAGAAUGGCUCGAGAUUAUGUUGGUAGCAUGAAUAUAAAUCUCCUGAUGGCAAACGGUCAAUUUGGUACUCAUAUCCAGGGUGGCAAAGACCAUGCAUCUCCAAGAUACAUAUACACUGAGCUUAACCCUAUUUCUCGUUUCCUCUUCCCCGAGAUUGACAAUAAACUUCUCAAAUACUUGAAUGAGGAUGGAAUCUCAGUUGAACCUGAGUGGUACCUUCCUAUCAUACCUUUAGUGCUUGUCAAUGGUGUUAGCGGAAUUGCGACAGGCUGGAAUUGUUCCAUCCCCUGCUACAACCCCAAGGAUAUCAUUGCAAACAUUAAGCGUUUCUUAAAUGAUGACAAGUUGCAACCAAUGGUUCCCUGGUACAAAGGAUUUAAGGGAACCAUUGAUAAAAGUAUAGGGGGCUUUCUGGCAGAAUGGAGAUAAUAGCAUGGUUGAUAUAAAAGUCAAACUGAAGCUGCAAACAAAGAUGACGGAAAAGGAGCUUCUCGUUGAGUUCAAGUUGAUUUCCAAAAUCCCUAGAAGCAGAAUGUAUCUUUUUAAUAGGAAUGCGAGAAUUCAGAAAUACGAUAGUCCUGAGCAAAUUCUUCAAGAAUUCUGUAAAUAUAGGCUUGAGUGCUAUGAUAUGAGAACAGCGCCUAGUGUUCGACAACUUCAAGACCAAGUUAGAUUCAUUUCAGAAGUUGUAUCUAACAAGAUUGUGCUGAGCAAAAACAUGAGCAAAGCUGAAUUGGUGUUGAAACUGAAGGGUAAUGGUUUCAAACCUUUGUCACAGAAAGGGGAAAAUGUUGGAGGCGCGAAAAACUAUGAACAUCUUUUGCCCAUGUGCACUUUGGCCUUUGAAAGUCUUAAGAAGCUGCAAGCUGAAAAGGAGAAGGAGUUGGAUAAUUUAAUGAGAGCAGAUCUGUGGGCUUAUAAAAAAAAAAAUCUAAGGAUCUGUGGUUGGAGGACCUAUUAGAGCUUGAGAAAAAACUAAAUGUAGAGGAAGGUAUGUCCAGAAAUCUACAUUUUCCGGAGCAACUACUUGACUACUCUCAUAUUGAAGAGUAUAAGUUGUGCACUAAAUUGAAAGUAACAUUGAGAAGGUAAAUUGGGCUUCUGUUUUUUUUUUGUUGGGGUAAUAUUGCUAACUUUAUUCCAUUUGCCACUUGUUGCUCAUCUAGUUCCAGGUUUAAUGGAAUAAAUGAUGAAAGUAUGGUGGAUUUUUUUUAUGAAAUUGCAUGGGAAGCAUGGUUUAAUGUUGAAA